CUUCGCCUCCCUCCACGCUCUCUCCGGCCUCCUCUCUCCUCCUCUUCGGGACCGCUUCCUUCGCCACCAAAAGGUAAGCUCCCCGAACCCCGCUAUUCUCUCCUUUUCGUUCUCUCUUUCCCGAUCCCCAUCAACCUAUAUGCUCGCUUCCGCCUGUUUUCCCUCGGUUCUUCUCCCCCUUCUCGUGAUAGAUCCGAUCUAGGGCUUUGUGCUUCAUUCUUGUUUCUGAUACUUGGAAGUCCGAUCAGCUUUGCAUCGCGUUACCGAGAAAGAUGGCAUCACACAUUGUUGGAUAUCCUCGCAUGGGGCCAAAGAGAGAGCUCAAGUUUGCUCUUGAAUCAUUCUGGGAUGGGAAGACCAGUGCCCAAGAUUUGCAGAAGGUCGCAGCAGAUCUCAGGUGUUCAAUUUGGAAGCAAAUGGCUGAUGCUGGGAUCAAAUAUAUUCCUAGCAACACUUUUUCGUACUAUGAUCAAGUGCUCGAUACCACAGCUAUGCUUGGUGCAGUUCCUGAUAGGUACGGGUGGAAUGGUGAAGAGAUUGGGUUUGAUACCUACUUCUCCAUGGCCAGAGGAAAUGCUUCUGUACCUGCUAUGGAGAUGACCAAGUGGUUUGACACCAACUAUCAUUUCAUUGUACCUGAAUUGGGUCCAAACACUAAGUUCUCCUAUGCAUCUCACAAGGCGGUUGCUGAGUACAAUGAAGCAAAGGCGCUUGGAAUUGACACAGUUCCAGUGCUUAUUGGUCCUGUUACAUACUUGUUACUGUCGAAACAUGCUAAAGGUGUAAAGAAGACAUUUUCUCUUCUCUCACUUCUGGGAAAUGUUAUAUCUGUCUACAAGGAAGUUAUUGCUGAGUUGAAGGCUGCUGGUGCUUCAUGGAUUCAGUUUGAUGAGCCCACUCUCGUGAUGGAUCUAGAUUCUCGCCAAUUGCAAGCGUUUACUGAUGCCUACUCUGAACUGGAAUCAUCAUUCUCUGGUUUGAAUGUGCUAAUUGAGACCUAUUUUGCAGAUGUGCCUGCAGAGGCAUACAAGACUGCCACUGCCUUGAAAGGUGUCUCAGGUUUUGGAUUUGAUCUUGUGCGUGGAACCAAGACACUUGAUUUGAUUAAAAGUUCUGGCUUCCCUGCUAGCAAAUUUCUUUUUGCUGGAGUUGUCGAUGGGAGGAACAUCUGGGCCAAUGAUCUUGCUGCUUCUCUCAGCACUCUUCAGGCUCUUGAGUCUGUUGUAGGCAAAGACAAGCUUGUGGUCUCUACUUCCUGCUCGCUCAUGCACACUGCUGUUGAUCUUGUCAAUGAGACAAAAUUGGAUAGUGAAAUCAAGUCAUGGUUGGCUUUUGCUGCCCAAAAGGUAGUUGAAGUUAAUGCACUGGCUAAGGCAUUGGCUGGCCUGAAAGAUGAGGCUUUCUUCUCUGCAAAUGCUGCCGCUCAGGCUUCAAGGAAGUCAUCUCCUAGGGUGACAAAUGAAGAAGUUCAGAAGGCUGCUGCUGAUUUGAAGGGAUCUGACCAUCGCCGAGCUACAAAUGUUAGUGCCAGAUUAGAUGCACAACAGAAGAAGCUGAACCUUCCAAUCCUUCCCACCACCACUAUCGGUUCAUUUCCUCAGACCAUGGAUCUCCGAAGAGUACGACGUGAAUACAAGGCAAAUAAAAUCUCGGAAGAGGAGUAUGUUAAGGCCAUCAAAGAGGAAAUUAACAAAGUUGUCAAGCUUCAGGAAGAACUUGACAUUGACGUCCUGGUCCAUGGAGAGCCUGAAAGAAAUGACAUGGUUGAAUACUUCGGGGAGCAGUUAUCGGGCUUUGCAUUCACAGUUAAUGGCUGGGUGCAAUCUUAUGGGUCACGAUGUGUUAAACCACCUAUCAUCUAUGGAGAUGUGAGCCGUCCUAAGCCCAUGACUGUUUUCUGGUCGACAAUGGCCCAGAGCAUGACUGCUCGCCCAAUGAAGGGAAUGUUGACAGGUCCAGUCACGAUCCUUAAUUGGUCCUUUGUUAGGAAUGACCAGCCAAGGUCUGAGACCUGCUAUCAGAUUGCUCUUGCUAUCAAGAAAGAAGUGGAAGAUUUGGAAGCUGCUGGUAUUCAGGUUAUCCAAAUUGAUGAAGCGGCUCUUCGAGAAGGCUUGCCUCUGCACAAGUCUGAGCAGGCUUUCUAUCUAGAAUGGGCUGUCCAUUCUUUCAGGAUCACUAACUGUGGUGUCAAGGACACAACCCAGAUUCACACCCACAUGUGCUACUCUAACUUCAACGACAUCAUCCAUUCAAUCAUCGGCAUGGAUGCUGAUGUAAUCACCAUUGAGAACUCCCGUUCAGAUGAGAAACUUCUGUCCGUGUUCCGUGAGGGAGUGAAGUACGGUGCUGGUAUUGGGCCAGGGGUGUAUGAUAUCCACUCUCCAAGAAUCCCAUCCACGGAGGAGAUUGUUGAUCGCAUCAACAAGAUGCUUGCUGUGCUUGAAACCAACAUCCUGUGGGUUAACCCUGACUGUGGGCUCAAGACCCGCAAGUAUGCUGAAGUCAACCCUGCACUCUCCAACAUGGUUGCUGCUGCUAAGGUCCUCCGCACCCAGCUGGCCAGUGCAAAGUAGAGCUUAUAAUUCCAAUGAUUUAUGGUUAAAGGAAGAGCGAUUCUCCAUUUAUCCCUAAUAAUAUAUGGGUCUGUGUUAUGCUGAGCAUGUGGCUAGAUUUUUUAUAUGGGUAUUUUAAUCCGUUUCUUUUCUCCACUCAAGAUUAUUGGGAAAGUUUCUGUCACUAUGUACCUCGAUUUCUUUGAAAGCCAAAAAAAAAAAAAAAAAUAGCUAUUACUUGGUU